AUGGCCUUCUCCAGCCUGGCGGACGAGCUCGACCUAGACGGCUUUGGCGCGUCGUCGUUAUCUCCCUUUUCGCCUGGCCCGUCUUCCAUGAGCCUCGGUAUGGACUUGGGCAGCAGUAUGGGCGGGUCUCUGGGCGGCGGCAUGGGCCUGUCGCUCGCCGACGAGCUGGACGGACCGGGACCAGACGACAUGGACGACAUGGGCGUGGGCUUUGGCGGUGCCGGCGGUGAUGGCCUCGGCUCACUCGCACUCGAGCUCGAGCUCGAGCUCGACCCCAUGCCCAACGGCAACGGACACGCACACCCCGACUCUUUCGACGCGCUGGGACUCGGGACACCCCGGCGUGGCCCACACAGCUCCCGCAGCACACCCUUGCGCUCCGUGUCGCGGCGGUCACUCGCGUCCGACCCCGACCCGGGCGAGGACGAUGACGGAGACGGUGCCGACCUGGUCGUUCUCCGGGAGACUAUGGAAGGGAGCGCGAGGCUGGUCGACCUGUUGCGCGGGCUCGAUAGGCCAGUGCUUCCCACUACGUCUCCUGUGCAGGCGACGUCCGGCUCGCUCCUGGACUCGCCACCACCCCUGCUGGAAGACCGCCUCCACCUCCACCUGCAGCGCCUCACCGACUCUGAGCGCGCACGCGACGAACAAACGCGUGAAGCAGCGGCGCUGGUCCGUGAGAUUGAAGGGUUGCGCGGGGAGGCGCUGGAUGGGGAUAUCGACUGGACGUGGAUGGAGGUGCUGGCUCCUGUGUCCAAGCUGCUGCCCUCGGCACCUGGCUGGACGGGCGAGGCAAGUGGUGUGAGUGACCACCACGACGGCAACGAAUCAGACCACUCGGACGAGUACGAGUUCCACCCAAUGUCCAACGGCCACGCCGACACUCAGGCCACUCCACGCGCAGCCCGACGCAGCCGCAAACCAACGUUCGAGACCAGUCCCUCGCCGUCACCAUUCUCUCCCCUCACACCAACCACCCCGUUCUCCCCACUGUCGCCCACCACGCCGACCUUGCCUGCCACCACCACCACCACCCUCCCGCGCCUCGCGCACGCGCUCGCAGGCGACACCCUCUCCCUCUCAUCCACCCUCGGCGCGCUCCACGAGUCUACGCAGCUCACGCUCGCCCUGUCCUCGGGCGCCCAGCGCAGUGCCCGCGGCGUCCGCGCCGCCGUCACGUCUGCACGCGAGCGCGAAGUCACAGAAGAGCACUGCCGCAAAGCCGUGGACGGGUGGGAGGCGCGUGUGGCCGUCGGCGACGUGCCCGAUGCAAAGGCCAUCUGCGAGGCCCUGGUGCGCGGGUUCCAGGAGAGGCUGGACGAGUACGAGGUCAAGAUGCGCGAGGUGAGGGAGAGGAUGAGGGCCGUGGGCCGUGUUGCGCCCUGGGACGUCGAUGAGGAUGGCAGAGCCUGA